UGUACGAUUCCACAGCGUCGCUCCACUCGUCGCCGUCUCCUCCGAUCCGGCCGUCUUCUCAGGUCGUCGUAGGUCCGCCGCCGCCCGCCGCCGCCGCCUCUCGCCACGGCAGCAUGAUGACGACCCAAGCGAAGACGGCGUCGACUUGCCCGCCGCCGGAGACGGCGCAGGGCACGCACGUAUUCGACAUCCUCGGGUACAGCAAGCACCGCGGGAUGGGCGCCGACUACUUCAUCAGAUCGGGCGUCUUCAACGUGGCCGGCCACCAGUGGGUCAUCUUCUUCUACCCGGACGGCUACGGCGAGGAGCUGGCCGGGGGCUUCGACUUCGUCUCGGCGUACCUCCGGCUCCUCAGCACGAGCGGCAAGGUGCGCGCCUCCUGCGACCUCCGCCUCGUGAACCCGGGCACGGGCGUCUCGACGUCGGUGCACCCGACGCUGGUCAUCACGAGGGAGCUGGACCCGGAGAAGGACAAGGUGGUCUGCCACUGCAUGUGCAUCGGCCGCGGCGAGCUCGAGGGCACCUACGUCAAGAACGACCGCCUCACCAUGGAGUGCGUGGUCACCGUGAGGAAGGAGCCCAAGGUGUCCAAGUCCAGGACGUUCCCCAGCAUCAGGGUGCCGCCGUCCAACCUCAAGCGUCAGCUCGCGGAGCUGCUGGAGAGCAGGGAAGGCGCCGACGUGACGUUCGCCGUCGCCGGCGAGACGUUCGCGGCGCACAGGCUCGUGCUCGCCAUGCGGUCGCCGGUGUUCAAGGCGGAGCUCUGCGGACCCAUGAGAGAGGUCGGGAUGGGGACGCGGCCCGUCGUCGUCGAGGACAUGCAGCCUGACGUGUUCAGAGCGAUGCUCUACUUCGUCUACACGGACUCCAUGGAUCACAACGAGGACCUCUCCAGGGACUACCACAGCAAGAACUGCGACAUGGUCCGGCACCUGCUGGUGGCGGCGGACAGGUACGCCAUCGAGAGGCUGAAGCUCAUCUGCCAGAGCAUCCUCUGCAACAACCUCGACGUGCAGAACGUGGCGACGACGCUGGCGUUGGCUGAUCAGCAUCACUGCGACAAGCUCAAGCAUGCUUGCGUCGAGUUCAUGUGUUGUUCGAAUAAUGCGCAAGAUGUCGUGGCCACACAAGGGUACAUGGAUCUUGCGAAAACUUCACCUUCUGUGCUAGCUGAUGCAAUGGGCAGGAUGAGUAAGAUCAGCAAAAAGGUGAUGACAAGAGCACUGCAAGCCCAAGAUGGAUCGUCCAUCUCAUAGAUAGUGCCUAGUUUAUUAGUUCUUUCUUUAGUUAAAUACCAAUAAGAUUUAGCUAUCAAUUUUCAGUUUCUUAUUUGAACAGUUUAUUUGUUAUUAGCUAGUGGUAUCCUAAUAAAUACUCCUAUAUAUGUUACUUGAUGUUUUCCAGUGUGACGGUAGCUAUUACUAUUAGCCAUAUGACAGUAGCUGUUUGUUUUCCAGGGUGCUUGAUGUUUUAUACCAAUUCAGGCACGAC